CAAAAAUAUUUAAUCAAAACCAAAGAACGUUUAAUCAAAAAAACAAAACAAAAACUAUAACCAUUGCGGCAUACUGUUAAAAACGUGUUGUCGAUAAAUUACAUUUUAUAGCUAAUAAGAGUUCAAAACAAAAGCAAAAAAUGAAAGCCAAAGACAUCAUAAGUAGAGUAGAUCUUAAGUUUAAAACCAACUAUUCACGAGACUUUUUGAAACGGUUGAAUUGGUAAACGCGAAUCGAAUCGCAGUGAAGAAAACUGAAUUGAAAUGAUCAUGUUAAGUAUACGUAAACUAACGGUAGCUGAGCACACGAAUUAAAGGUUGCAUUUCGAUAACUUUAGCAGAUUUAAAAUGUAUUAGCAAUUUGUGAGACUAAUUAAAUGAAAACAAAACAGAAAAUGGUUUUUCCAAAUCUUUAUACUGCUAACAUGAAAAACCAAAUAAUAUAACAUGCGACUAUGGGUAGAAAAAUGAUAUAGAGUAGCGUUUACUAGAGAAGUUUGUAGAGUUGAGUAAUUCAAAAUGCAUUUGUGGAGUGCGUCAAUUAAGUUGGAUAUUAUGGGUGUGUGCAAAAGGUCAAAAAUCUGAAUAUAUAGAUAUUUAUAUAUAUAUAUAUGUUAUUGGGAACAACAAACAAGUUAGUCAAAAUGAAUCGACAUGUAGAAAGCAGUUAGGUCAACUUGAAAAUUCGUAGUCUAGUCUAGUAGCGUUCUACUUACAUACAUAUACAUACAUACUAGUUAUGUGUUUUCUGAGCUUUUUUUCAAAUUGUUGUUGUGAACCAUUUAGCUUGCCUAUAUAUCAAAUUUCUUUGUAUACCUUUUUGGAAAACUACCCGUUUUUUGACUAUACAUACCAGAAGUUGCAUUCUACGUGUAUAACCGUCCUAAUUCUUAAAACUAUAUGAACUUUGCAAAACAUUUGAUUUUAAACAAAAACAAAAGAACAACGUCUUUUAUGCAUACUACUAUUUCAAAUGUGUGUGUAUGUGUGUGUGUGCGUGUGAGCUAAUUCCUAAGCCACUUCGAUUUUACACAAUGUAUUCAAAAUCAAAACAAAAAUAUCCCCUAAGUUGCAAUUUAAAUGUUUUUCAUUUCAAUAAAAUAUACUAAAAUAAAAUUUUAGUAAAAUUAACGAACUGUCGUUUUGAUUAUUGAACAAACACUUUUCUCGAUUAACGAUUUCGCUGCUUUUCAAAAAGAGACCAAAUCCGCCGAUUAUUCGUAGUGCAGUUAUCGCACCGCUGGCAGUGAGUAAUAUAUCGACCUAGCGUAAGUAUCGAUGCCCUCGAAGCACAGCUGUUUUAUUUGCAAUCGAGCGCAGCUUGUUGACGAUGUAAUUCAGUAAACUCGGUGUACAAAUUUGUGGAAAAUCAGUUCAAAAAUCGAAACAAAACCACGCCCAAUAAUGGCGAACCGUGCGCCCAUGUUGCGAAUCGGCCAGCAAGAUCUAAAGUGUCGUCAAGGUUGUGGGUUCUACGGCAAUACGCAGUUCGAUGGACUCUGCUCGAAAUGUUUUCGCGAGCGCAACGAUAAGCAAAGGAAAAGGCUGCUGAUUGUUACAGAAAAAGCCACCGAGGAUAACAAUGAUAACAUCCCCAGUGGCCCUAGUUCCAUUGCCGAACGCAGAUCGCCGCAGCAUUUGCUCUCGCUGGGACGUGGCAAGAAGCAGACAGAGACGCCACAGCAGGUCGAAUCUCCGAGCACCAUGCCAAAGAAGAAGUCCAUAGUGCCAGCGGUGCUUCAAAAGACGCUCAAGGGCAAAUUUCCAGCAGUCACAAAUCAACAACAGCAGCAGCAACAACAGCAGCCACAGCAAAAAAGAGUUCCCACUGCCACAGAGAACCAAUUUAUGCUGCAGCUUCGGCAGAUGCGACUGCCCGACGAUGCCAAGCACAAGCUAAAGAGCGAGAUCAAGCGAUUGGAUCACGAGAUUCGCAAAUACAUGAACACGAACAACGCCAAAAAUGUAGAUGAACUCUCCGAUCUGGUGCAGAAUGCUUACACACGCUUCUCCAAUGUGGUGCACAACGAUCCCCGCUUUGAGAUGGCCACAAAUGAGGAUCGCGAUAGUGCAAUCGAUUUCUUUGAGAAGGUCAUCAUGACACAGAAUCACAAUUUACUCUUUAGUCCAUACUUUACCAGCGAUGAGGAGAGCGAUGUCAAGGUGCAGAAGCGUAUACGCCAAUUGAGCUGGAUCACAGCCAAGCAUCUGGACUGCAGCAUUGAUGAAGUGAAUGCCGAGGCACGCGAUUUGGUCUACAAUGCCAUCUCCGAGCUGGUGGGCAUUGAUUCCUAUUAUUCGCCGCAGGAGAAAUUACUAUGCACAGUGCGCUGUUGUCGCCACAUCUUUGAGCUGUUGAAACGUGCCACUGGCGGUCCAGCGAGUGCCGAUGAUUUUCUGCCCGCCCUCAUCUUUGUAGUGCUCAAAGCGAAUCCGGUCCGUCUUCACAGCAAUCUAAACUUUGUCAAUCGCUUCACGAAUGCCUCGCGUGUGAUGAGUGGCGAGGGUGGUUAUUACUUUACCAACCUGUGCUCAGCCAUUGCUUUCAUUGAGAAUUUGAAUGGCGAAAGUUUGAGCAUCAGUGCAGAGGAGUUUGAUGCAUUGAUGUCGGGUGAACAGGCAUUCAGCACGCCUUGGGAGAGCGCUUUGUUGGCCUGCGAGAGUCUGCAUCUCAUUUCGGAGAACAUGAAGUGCAUGGAGCUGCUGCAGAAGCGCAAUUCUAUGAUCAACACUGGCAUCACAGACUUUGAACGCGAACUCAUCGAUUUUCAACGCGAGGUGACCGAGAAAGUGGACACCGUUAUGGCCAAGGCGCCACUGACGCUGCUGCCGAUCAAGACGCCAGCAUUUCUGAUCAAACAGGCGCGUGCUCAUCUGGCACACGAUGGCGUUGAGGCGGCCAUGGGACACUAUCAAUCCAAUCUGCUGAGUGGCGCUUUAAGUCAACACGCUUUGUCCCCUAAGAGCAAAGACGUUACCCAUGAGGAUGCACAUAACUUGACACUAAAGGACACUAGCAUCAAUUCCGUUGGACGUCUUUCGCCACUGUUGCAGAAUCAACCGCAGCAGCAGGAUCAGCUCUUUGCCUCGCCCAUCUUCAAUUACACGCCUUUCGAUGCUGUCUCACUGCUGGAGGAAUCCUCGGAUGGUGAUGUCAUGAUGUUGGGUACCGAAUUCCAAGGCGGCUUAACCAACAUUAACUACGAUUUCGAUUUGUCCGAUCAGAGUGGAGACAACAGCGUGGCCGAUGAAUCUAAAUUGAAUCUGGAUGAAUUUGAUCCAUUGGUGCAACGUCCGGUUGUUGCUGCAACUCCUUUGCUGGACACCACAACAGAUAGUUUAAUCGACUGCGAUGUGCCCGGCACUGCAGUAUUGUUGCCAUCGCCCUUGAAACCGGAGGUGGCGAAUUAUCGCGGAUUCUCCAACUUUGAUAUUCCAAGCAUUUCCUGUAAUACGGGAGAUUUCAGUUCUCUCGGUCAGGACGUCAACGAAACGAUGGAAACAAACAAAAAAUAGUUGUCCCAAUUGCAAUCAACAAAUUGUAAAUAGCUCUUGAAUGUAAUUGCACAUUUAUUUAUUUAUAUAAAACCUAACAAUCGCCAUUAUAAAUUAAAAUAAAUAAAUAUCAAUAGCCUAAAAAAA